CGGAGUACCGUGACUACGGGUGGCGUUUCCUAGCGAGGGGGCGUGACUGUGGCGGCAAGGCAGAGUGUGGCUGGGCUCCGGCGUCACCGCCUCCAGCUUUCUCCUCCUCGUCAUCGUUGUUUCUCUCCCACUUGCCAGUUCUUUCGCAGUCGAUCUGAUCCAUCCUCCACCCCGCGAUCCUCCGUUUCCUCGAUCCAUUGCCAUUCCGCCGAUUCCAUCAAGUCCAUUCUAUCAUCAUCCCUUCCACCUUUAGGUCUCUUUUUCCCUCUCGCCUUUCAAAGCCAUCUCUUGUCUUCCGGUGGCGCAAGAUGAAGCUCACGUUCAAAGAUCUGAAACAACAGAAGUUCGUAAUCGAUGCAGAGCCAUCGGAGACGGUCGGGCAAGUGAAGGAGAAGAUUUCUCAGGAGAAGGGUUGGGAAGUUCCUCAACUGAAGCUUAUCUACUCCGGAAAAAUCCUUCAAGAUGACCGAACCAUCGAAACAUAUAACAUCGAGGAGAAGGGCUUUAUAGUGUGUAUGGUUUCGAAGCCCAAGGGUUCGUCCUCCACGGCCACUCCUUCGCAAGUUCCGUCCACACCCUCAAGAGCCGCUGCCUCGACGCCAGCUGCACCUCCCCCUCCUCGGGCCCCCCCUGCGAACACUUCUGCCCCGCCUGCCCCCGCGACCCCGUCUCCGGCUGCCGCCACUACCACCCGGUCUCAAUCGUCGUUCAGUGACCCUUCCGCACUGUUAAGUGGCUCCCAGAGCGAGCCUGUUAUCGCUCAGAUGGAGAGCAUGGGUUUCCCGAGGUCUGACAUCAACCGUGCGAUGAGAGCGGCGUUCUUCAACCCUGACCGUGCUAUUGAAUAUCUUUUGAACGGAAUCCCAGAGAGUGUUCAACAGGAGCAACAGCAGCAACAGCAGCAGCAACAGGCUGCCGCUGCCGAAGUUGCCGCCACGCAGGAGGCACCUGCUACUGGAGAAGAUGUUCCUCCCACAGCCGGGACUGAGGAGCCAGUCAAUCUCUUUGAAGCCGCUGCCCAGGCCGGUGGCCAGGAGGGCGGACGUGGAGCUCGCAGCGGAGGUGCUUCAGCAGCUGGCGGCGAACUCCCCAACCUUGAUUUCCUCCGGAACAACCCACACUUCCAGCAGCUGCGACAACUGGUCCAACAGCAGCCGGCGAUGCUCGAGCCCAUCCUCCAGCAAGUUGCCGCUGGCAACCCUCAAAUUGCGCAGCUCAUCGGACAGAAUGAGGAGCAAUUCCUUCAGCUUCUGGGUGAAGAUGACGAUGCCGCGCUGCCUCCCGGCACGCAUCAAAUCCACGUGACUGAGGAAGAAAGAGAUGCUAUUGAACGUCUCUGCCGUCUCGGUUUCUCGCGGGAUCUGGUCAUCCAGGCGUACUUUGCUUGCGACAAGAACGAGGAGCUGGCCGCGAACUACUUGUUCGAGAACCCCGACGACCCCGACGAUCUAUGAGACCGUUCCUGGGACUCGGCCGCAGGAGGGUUAGGCAUACGAAGUGGCGAUUUUCUUUUGUUUUAAUUCUUCCUUCAUAACGAUUUUUGCAAUACACUAGUCUUUCUGAUUUUCUCCGGCAAGGCCUCCACCUUCUUCACCCGAUCAGGUAUGAUCGAGCGUCUAAGCAUUGUGAGCGAGCUGGCCGUCACCUCGUUGUCGCGAUCAAGAACAUUUGCAGCCCGGUGUAUCUAUCACGUAUGACCCUUUUUUCCUCUUUUCCCUUUCCCCUUUUAUUUUCUUUUUCUUCAGGUGUGACGUUAUUGUCUACCCCUAGUUAAUGGAGCAAAAUGAAAUGAGAUAUUCUGAUUAGUCCAGACACCUGCUUUACAGGCGAUUACUGUACGGUGUAGAGAAGUAAGUAGU